AUGGCGUCCCCAAACUUGGAGUCUUUAAGUAAUGUUUGGCAACAUCUGCCGCAGGGCCACGAAAAACCACUGAAGCAAGCUUUCUACACGACCGCAGCUAAUUUGUUUCUCAUUGUAGCUGGCGGAGCAUCCGUUGCAGUAUAUUUUAUUCUCAAUCCGUUCCUAAAACCGCUUUGCUGGGCGCUUUUGUGUGGGACGUUUUUGUACCCCCUGAAGCGCACCCUAACAAACGUUUUGAAGCAGUGGCUGCAGGGUUUGCGACAUUCGAACACACCUUUCGUUGUUGGCGUCGUUCUUUUACCGAUAAAGCUUAUCGACAAAACUUCUGAUGCUCUGAGCGAUAUUUUCCGACAGCAUUUGAAAGUAAUCUGCAGCAUCCUGUGUGGUUUACCAGUUCUGUAUAUCAUCUACCACUUCGGACCGGUUAACAAGAUCGUCAGCAUCCUGCAGUUUGUCAUCUUUCUCUUCCACGAAAUCGUCGGCUAUUUCAGCUCUGCCUGGGUAUGGACUCUCUUUAUUGGUUACCUACUGGCUGUGGUCUUCUACUGGACUCCGGAGAAGACGAAGCAGAUGCGAUAUUUCGCCAUACCUGUGUGGGUAGCUUUCAUCCUUCAUGUUGCCACGGUAGCCGGGCCGCUGCGGAUUCCUCUUCUCUUCUGCAUCGUUGCCAUGAUGAUUGUUGGCUUCACCACCGAGGUCAAGGUCAACAAGAAACAAACCAGUGCAGAAGAGUCUGGCGAAACGUCCCAACAAACCACAGACCCACACGCAGUUGAAAGCAAAUUAAGCAGCACAACAACAACAACAGCAACAACAACAACAAAAGAAGCACCAGCAACCAAACCAAACACUCUAAAUGUUGGUAAAUCUUCCGAGGACACCAAGCCUACAAAGACUGAGUCAGUGGUGGAGCCCGCCCCCUCAUCGUUAACCAGCCAGUGUUUUAUAGCUUUGUUCUGGGGUCACAUGCUUGUACGACUAUGGAUGCACAUGUGGGCCAUCAUUCUUCUGCUACUGCUUCCGUUCGCGCUGAUGAUUGUCAAGAUUGUAGACACCAUAUUAUCAAGGGAUUGUGCCCAACUUGGUGGAGAUGGCAUCCUGGGUGAGAAGAUUCAGUCUGUGAAGAGGUUUUGUGUUUCGUGGUUUGCCAACCGUCGGGAGGUGCUAGCACCGCGCUCCAUCCGAGGUUUGGGCAAGCUGGCCAGUCGCGGAGACAAAAAGAUUAUCUCGAUACUUGAGAUGUCGGUGGACCAGGCUACGAGCAUCCUGAUGAUUCUUAUGUUGAUCAUCGGUUCAGUUCUCUUCAUGGGAAUUGGGGCCAUACAGAUACACAAAGAAAGCAUGCACCUGGUUUCCAUGACGAGUAAUCUUCUCAACAAUACCGUGAAUCCAGAGAUAAGUCAGUGGUUACCAAAUGGUGAAGACAUGCAGAAUGCAAUGGACUCGAUUGCGGGAAAUGCGUACCUAUACGGACGGGACUGGAUAGCAUCCAUGGUGCAUGACCUGGUGAACACGGAGACUUCCAACAACACGGAGCUGGAGCUGCAGGUGAUUGAGGUGUGGGACCGGCUCUACGAGACCUGGUUCACCAAGAACACCACUGCCGUGAGUCGAACCACGGAACAUUCGUUUCCCGACAUUACCAACAUGACACUCAUGUGGGAGUUUGUCACACAGGGCCAGAUGUUACUCAACCUGAGCGCAAUCAAGGGCUUCGUACAGGAUAAUAUCGGCACUUUCAUGUCCGUUCUGGAAUCGCUGUGGGCCGUCAUUAAGGGGAACAUGAAUCUUAUAACCAGUCUGCUGACUGCCACCAUUUCCAUGGUCUUUGGAGGUGGAACGGCCAUAUUGAAUUUUGUCAUCUCUGCAAUUCUUUUCCUAACGACUCUGUUCUACCUGCUGGCGUUCAGUGGCGACCAGUACAAACCUCUCGAGUGGUUCGGUGGGAUGGGUCCAGGAUCCUCGCAGGGUGGCGGGCGUAUCGGCACUGCUGUGGAAGAAGCCAUUUCGGGCGUGUUCAUGGCCUCUCUCAAGAUGGGAGCGUUCUACGGCCUGUUCACAUGGCUAACUCACCUCAUCUUCGCUGUGAAUAUCGUCUUCAUACCUUCAGCCAUGGCAGCAGUAUUUGCGGCUAUCCCGUUUGUUGGAACGUACUGGGCCGCGAUCCCUGCAGUGCUGGAGCUGUGGCUGGCACAAGGUCAAGGUCUUCUGGCGAUCUGUCUGCUGGUGGUUCACAUGCUGCCGGCGUACAUCGUCGACACCGCCAUCUACAGUGAGAUCAAAGUCGGUCACCCGUUCCUGACUGGUCUUGCGAUCGCGGGGGGUAUGUACUGGCUGGGACUGGAGGGCGCCAUCAUCGGCCCCAUCCUGCUGUGUUGCCUCGUCGUCGUCGUCAACAUGUAUGGAACCAUGAUGCAGUCAGACCCAACCACGCCGCAAGGAGGGCCAGGUCUUUCAGCACGAAUCUAAUUAGUCUUACAUAAGGCACGCAGAAGUCGUCAUGGAGACAGAAUCUACAUACGUCCUCACAAGUGUAACUUCUGACCUUAGCUAGCAGCAAUGAAGACACUUUUGAAAAUUGGUUUAAUGAGUGAAGAAAUGUUACCAUGAUUUUACAAUUUAGUGUAGCACUACUACGUAGUAGCGUAUGUUUAUGUAAUUGUGAGUUUAUAUAUCUGUGUACAAGUAGUGCAUGCUUAUAUAAUUAUGAGUUUAUAUAUUCAUGUUCGAGUAGUGCAUGUUUAUGUAACUAUACAAAGAGGUGACCACUAAGGAGCCAUUCUACAAAUGCUGAUCCAGGGGGAUGGCAAGGGGUGUAUGCCUACCCACUUUUUUCGACAUCAAAGAAAAGAAAAAAGUUUUGUCAAACACAUCAGGCACUACGCACCCCACCUCCCAUCUCCUUCACAAAUAUCCAGAUAUCAGCAUUUUCAUGAUGUAAAAAACAAAUGCGGUAGGAUGAGAGGUUGUUACUGCCAGCUUACAGUGUUAAAACAGAUAAAAAUACCCCUUGCAAGAUCAAUAUUUUCGAUGUAAACACUUGGCAGAGGGAAGGGUGCAGCAAAAUGUGUUUUCAAUACAUGUACUUUAAGUACUGUGAACUGGAGACAUUUUUGUUCCCCCAGUUUGCACUAUUUAAAAUCUGUUUACACAUUUUUCAGAAAAGGAGUAAAUUGCCAAAUUUGUGUACAAAUUUUAGACUGAGUUUUCUAGGUUAUCGAAACAAUAAUCUACGCAUUCAGCCAAGUCUGAUUUAUAUAGCUCAUUACAAUCAGUCGCAGCCAUUGAUCCGUUAUGACCUUUACAUUACCAUUUGUCAGGAAGAUAACAUUUUAAAAAAUUAAAUAAAAAGUAUUAUGGUUAUGGUUUGUGGCUAUUUUAGCUAUCCAAAAGCUAUUAAAGUAAGUUUCGGAAAAAAGCCAAGUUCUCUUAACAAAUCCACGAGUUUUCUGCCUUACAGAAAAAAUGGAAAUAUUUUAUUUAACGACACACUCAACAUAUUUUAUUUACGGUUAUAUGGCGUUGGACUCUGCCUUACAAUGUCUUCGGGUAUUUUCUGUAUUUUAAACACUGAAAGUGCAUGCACCUCCCCCCCCACCCCCACCAUCAGGCAGCCCUCCCUCUGGCUCCCCCCUCAACUGAAUGUUUAGUUCAUGUUCUAGAACCUAAGAUCAAGUGAGAAAGAUGGUCUUCUGUUGAUAGUGGCAUGUCUAGUAGAAUUACAUAAUAGUGUUAUUGUGGAGAUUAAAUAUGGUUAUGACGUCUUUUUGGUUGUUGCUGUUUGUGAUACAUUUUAUCUGUCAUGCUUAUGCUAGUGUUCAUUAUUUAAUAUGUGUUCAUUAUUUACAGUAAAAUAAUCAUAAUUAUAAAUUAUAUAAUAAGUUUAAAAAAAAACCCCCAAAAACAACAUUUCUUUUUUGUAAUUACAAUUUUAGCAAUUUUCAUAUAUAAAAAAGUCUAUAUUAUUUCAUCAUGAAUGACAUUAAUUAUCAGACAAGUUAUUAGUUAUGAGGUAAUUUAAUUAUUGUAUUUCUUGUUUUUAGCCACAAAUUAUAUCACAGAUGGCAACCACUUUUUAAAACAAUUUUUUUGUUUUAAUGAAAUAAAUUUACAUGGCUAGCUCUGGGUGUGCAAAACAUUUUGCCAAAUUAUGUCCAAAAAUGCAAAUAUCAAUUAUUGCAUUAAUUUUCUUUUGCCAAAUUAAAAUAAAAUUCACCAAUUGGCAAGUGCCAGAGCUAGCCCUUAUUUAUAACUGCAUCCUUGAGAUAAAUACUUACCAAGAUAAUAAAUCUCAACUUGUAUACUGCUACUUUUAACUAAUUAAAUGUACAGUUCCAUGGAAAUAUUUUACAAAGGUGUAAUAACAACAUAAAGUGCAAUAUUAUCUUUGUUCGUGUUCUUUUAAAAUGUGUAGAUGCUAUUUUAGUAAAUGCAUGACUGUAUAUAUUUGAAACCCUUUGUUUUAUAAUUGGGUAUAUUCACCUUUUAUUGAAAAAUAGGAAUGUCAUCACGUCAUAAUGGAAUAUUUAGUAAAAGAAAUAACAGUUUUAACGGGUAUGUACAAAUAAAUGUAUAACAAUCAUCGAUGUUUAGACAUUUAUUAAAUAUCCAUAAGCAGAGAAGAGAAAUUGAGUAAAUUGUGUGCUAGGUUUAUUAAUUUUAAAUUUUUAGAUCUUCAAAAUGUAAAGUACGGCAACUGUGCAAUGUGAAUACGAUUUUACGCAAAAAAGACUUGAUUUUUAUGCCACUGCAAUAUUUGAAUGUUAUAUUGCUGUGUGAAUGAAUAGUUGUAGAAUUCACAUUUAGUAUCUCAAGGAAAUUUUUACAAUUUAUGCCUUGUUCGCAAAAUUUACAUUAAAUAUUUUUUACAUUUAAUAUCUUGUACACAAAUACAUCACUUAAAUGUAAAAUGUACAUUUGUUAGCAUGAAUGCAAAAUUGUUAUAUAUUGAUCUAAAAAUGUUAAGCAUAGCAAAAAAAAUUGUUUAAUAUUUGAAUACACAACAUUUUUACUGUUUACAUACAAACCUGUGACAAAUUAUCACGCAAUUCCCUUUAAUGUCUUUACUUUUAAUUAACCUGCAUUUUUAAUUAACCUGCAUAUCUGUGUGAUGUUUGAUAUUAUAACAAUUACUACGUAUCCAUAUGCUGUAAAUCAAUUUGCUUACAAGAUAAUAAAAGAAGUUGGUGAUAAAUACAGAAAUUGAUGUGAGUUAUUAGGAGUUGUCAUAAAAAACAACAUAAGACUAAAAGUGAGUUUAUUCAAUAUACAAAAAUACUGUAUUAACCAUGACUGAAUUUAUUUACAUGUAUGUGUUAAAAUAGACAAAAAUACUCUGUAUUUAUGAGUUUUAGCAUAUUUUAACAGAGGCCUACAGGUAGCUUCCAUAUACGCAGGUACGCAACUGCGUACCACCUGAGAUUACAAUUUUUUUUAAUAUUAAAAUAUAUGAUGUAAAUGUGUGUAUGCGUUUUAUUCCAUUGCUGAAAAAGUCUGCGUACCACCUCAAAAUUCCAAGCUAGGCCCCUGAUUUAAUAUAAUAAUUGUGCUUACUGUCACAAAUUGAAUUUUUCAUUAUUUCGAGGUGUACUGCUUUUUUUCUGCUAUAAAUUUCACUGCUUAUUCUUGGGACGUGUUUAGAGUAACUGAUCUCACUUUGGUGCUAUGUAUGAUAGACGUUACAAUGUGUUAGUAUUUCUCUUGGCUUACAUUCCUCUUUUGUGCUAUCUACUAUUUUGCUACCAAUUAUUUAAUGAUUUUUGUGUUAUUUUGUUUUAUUAAACCUGCUGAUUUUGGAGAACAGAUUACAUUUGCUCAUCUUGCUAGAUUUUCCAUAAGUCAAAAUGAAAAAAAAAAAAAUGAAAUGUGUAUGUUUUGUUUAGUUUCCUCCAUUUUAAAAGCACAAUGUCCCAGUUUGAAUUUCAAAAUUGCCAACUUUUUUCCAAAACAAAGAAAGUUCAUCUUAUUUCAUCUUUCGGAAAAGAGUGUAACAAUCUUACAUGCCAUGAUGGCAAAUUCCAAGGUUUACCGUGAACAUUGUGUAACAUAACAGAUUAAAGAGACUAUCCUGAAUAUAUGUAGCCAUUUUAUAAAGUUUAAUAUUUUUAUAUUAUUAAAAUUAUAACCUACUUGCAUUUUACUGCUUAGAAUAUGAAUAUCUCGGUAACCGAAAUAUUUCUGAGUAUUGUAUAUGUUUUGCUUUAUCUCGAAAUAAUUUUGUAAGUACGAAUUUAUUAUUUCGUCCAGCAGCCAAACAUAAUUUGAAAUAAUUUGGCCAACCAAACAUAAUUUGAAAUAAUUUGGUCAUUCCAAAUGUAUAUACAUGUAUCUGUAUAAAGCUUUUUAUUUUAAACAUGUUAUGUAAAAUAGUGUUUUAAAACCACAGAAAAAAAAGUAGGAGGUGUUUAUUUUGUUGGGGUGAACAAACGGAAGUCUUGCUGGGGCUGAAAACACAAGAUGGUGCCUUUAAAAGUAGUUACUGUCUAACCACACUGUACAGAUAUUUCAAGAUGUAUGAGAAUUGAAAACACUUCAACUGAUUGUUAUUAAAGCAAGGUUGUGUUCACACUGGGCAUACAUGUAAUUACGAACCACUUAAAUUACUAUCUGACACUUUAAACCAAUUUAGGGGUGUUUUGUGCAGCACUGAUAUUUUAUCAGUAGACAAGCUUUGUGGAAUUCCCCAUUGUUAUCUUCACUGGAUAAAGCUAAUAUACUAUAUCAUUAACUUGUUAAAGGUGUACUGUCAUGGUUUUAAGGACCUUAUUUCUCUAAAAGUACAUUAAUUGUUGGAAACCAAAUCUAGCUAUCGCAUCACCUUAACUGAACCAUGGUGGAGUGAAAUCCAUGUCAUCCCUCUUGGCAAUU